UGUAUAGGAACAGGGCAUGGAGGUCGCACGCUUCCGCUUCAGCGAUGGGUGGUUCUCAGGCGUCGACGGCGGUGAGAGAGCGUUCUUGCGGGCUGGAUCCAACUUUCCAAGCGUAAUGUCUUUACAGCGGCAAUUAAGGGCGACAAUGGCGGCGUCAUAGCCAUAAUAGUCAGGCUGUUUAGUGAUUACCUACAUGCUAGGUCUGAUGCAAGUCUUCUUAUCGUCAUAGAAACGAAGGAGCAGAGGUAGCUAGGAAGAACGUUCUCACCAUCACGAAAAUGCAAGCAACCGAGCGAUGCAUGUGGAGCUGCACGAUGUACUUGAAGGCCAGUUAGACUCCAAGUCAUUAGCUAAAGCCAUCAGAGUGAAAUGGGUGUGCGUGGUCACAGUGGAAGCUCGCGGCGAAGUUUGGAUGUUCUUAUCCAUGAUGCGGCAACCAGCGGCGCUGCUGAAUCACAGAAUUUCCUUGAGGGAGGGCUCAGAGUCGGGUUGCGCAAUAGAGUCCUGCCAAAAGGGAGGAAACUCUCGCAUCACGGCGGCGAGUCUGUGCCAAGAGAGGCCGUGCGCCAGAAGCAUUUGCCACGCUCGCACGAGGCCGAUAUGCAGCCCUCCUGCCCUCGCAUACCCACUCCUCCUGCCCUCGAUCCAGUUCUCCUGUUUUUGGCAACUGGAUACACUAGGGAGCUUAUCGAAGCACACAAAUCCGUCCAAGUUCCAUCUUUCGUCCAUCCUCAUUCGCUGGCACAGAGAUUCCCCUCGCGUAGUCGACUUCCCUUCUCCGCUAGGGCCUCCUUGACGCCCUCGCAGACUCUCGGGUCCAUCGGGUGCCUUCCGGAACCUCGCGUCCCUUUGAGCAGACUCUCAAUAUGCCGGUCGAUGCGCUCCCGAAAAAUUAUCACGAAGAUGAGGGUUUUCAAUGAUACGGCGAUCCAGAACCUCACCUUCGAUCUCAAGAUAUAA